AAAUGAAAAAAAUUCAUGAAACAUAUUAAUACCUGUAUAAAAGAAACAAGUUAAUAAAUAUUUUUUAUCAUAUCACGUUCACUUAUUUAUAAAGAGUUCUUGUGCAAAAUAUUUUAUUGAUAACAAAAAAUAAAUAUCAAUUGCUUAACUAGCAUCGAUAAAAACAUACGAGUAGUAUUUCUAAACGCCUUAUCGUGUCAAGUCCGCUGUAAAGAAAAACACACUACCAUAAAAUUGUGAAAACACUGUUUGUUGUCUGUCUGCCUUGUUCUCUUCAGUUCCAGUUACAAAACAUUUUAAAAAUAUCUACACAAAAUGUCGUCAACAUCUUUUAAAUGGCAUAUUUUACUAUUUUUAUUCUCAUUUAUCGUUUUGGCUGAUCUUGGUCUGGCGAGUCCAACAGUUGUCAAGGAAGAAAAUAUUAUUGAAAGUCUGGAAGAACUCGACGAUCUUAAUAAAAAUAACUCGAUACUAAGGGACUCUCCAGUGGCAAAUCCGUCAGAACCCACGUUUACACAUCGCGAUGAAGACAUGAUGGCCGAUUUAAAAAAAUCCACAAUUUUUGCUAGUUUGAAAUAUGAUGUAGAAAUUUUGGAAUCGGGUGAAGUGAAAAAAGAAGAUGUGGAACUAGAAGAACGUUAUAGAGGGCCAGCCAUAACCUUAAAUACAGAUAAUUUCAUAAAUGAAAAUAUCGAAGUCAAUGCCGAGGAAGAGAAAAGAGUGGCCAAAGAAGCUAUAGCCACUAAUCAUUUGAUUUUAAGCAUCAUAUUGGUAGUGAUGGCCUUGGUGUCCAUUGGUUUAUAUGCCGCCUUAGUUGUUUGGCGCAGUCACAUAAAACAACGCUAUGGCAUGCGCGAAUUGUUAGUAACGAGUGACAAUCAAGAUUAUUGGCCGCAAGAUGUUAUAACUUCGGUUGUAGCUCAACAUCAGCAGCAGUAUGAACAGAAACUACAACAGCAACAAUUACAAUCGUAGUUCAAUUGUAAUUGCACCUGAUUUAAAAUGCAAUUAUUUUGAGAUUGUAACAAUUUCGACAGAAAAAUUAACAAAUCAUAAAAAAUUCCCAUUGAUUUUUAAGUAGUUUUUUUUAUAAUACAUAUUUAAUUUAUUUUGAUACAGUAAUUGUUUUUAAAUAUUUUUCAUUGUAAUAAGUUUAGUUUUUAAGGAAUUAUUUUAUUUUUCUUUAUAAUUUUUAAUAUGCAUUAAGUUCAGGGCUGUGAUAUAUAAUUUGUAUAUUGGUGCUUUUUUUUCUAUUUACUAAUAUUUACACAAAAAAAAUUAUUUAGCCCAAUCGACAGUAUUUUAAUAUGUAUAUUUAACCAAGAAAAAUGACAUUAGUUUCGUAGUUAAAGUUAUUUGUAAAUAAAUAAAUACAAGUGAAAAAA